UGGGAGGCCCGUGCUCAAGACCCGGAGGCCACGGUUGCCAUGUCUCCCGCAGGCCAUGAGCUCUAUGGUCAACGUGUACCGACCUAGUCGGCCUCCUCCUCGCCGUCGACCCGUCUCCACGCUGCAGCUGCACCCCCGAACUCGGCGGCUCCGCCGCUCCCAUCCCGGCAUCCCCUGCGCCCGCCGCGCUCGGUAGCGGCGCGCGGGAGCCCGGCGUCAGUCCCCGCCUGCCCGCGGGCAUUGCUAUGGCAACGCAGCUGCCCCAGCUAUGUCGCUGCAACCCGCCCCUCCGUCGCGGGUGUUCAUGGAACUGGUUCCCUGGGCUAACCUGGGCCGGGAAAACAACUCGAUCUCGGCCUUGGAGGCGCAGCCCGUCGGCAGCCGCCCCCACGUCGCCAAGGCCCACCCUGGAGCCCGCGAGGUCCACGUGAGCGGCUCGGCCGAGGUGUCCGCCAGCCCCGACCGGGCGCAAGUGGCCGUGCGGGUGAGCAGCACCAAGGAGGCGGCGGCCGAGGCCAAGAAGAGUGUGUGCCGCCGCCUGGACUACAUCACGCAGAGCCUCCAGCAGCAGGGUCUGCAGGCAGAAAAUGUCGCCGUCACAAAGGAUAUUAGAAGAGUAGAAAAUGCUUAUCACAUGGAAGCCGAGGUCUGCAUUACAUUUACUGAAUUUGGGAAAAUGCAAAAUAUUUGUAACUUUCUGGUUGAAAAGCUAGACAGCUCUGUUGUCAUCAACCCACCUGAGUUCUAUCACACUCCAGGUUCUGUUGAGAAUCUUCGGCGGCAAGCCUGUCUUGUUGCUGUUGAGAAUGCAUGGCGCAAAGCUCAAGAAGUCUGUGACCUUGUUGGCCAAACUCUGGGAAAACCUUUACUAAUCAAAGAAGAAGAAACAAAAGAAUGGGAAGGCCAGAUUGAUGACCAGUUAUCCAGACUCCCAGGCUCAUUAACUGUACAACAGAAAAUCAAAAGUGCAACACUACACGCAGCUUCAAAAGUGUUUAUUACUUUUGAGGUAAAAGGGAAAGAGAAGAAAAAAAAGCAUCUUUAAAAUCCAGCUAAAGCAUACUGUAUUUGUAUUUCCAAAUCUGUUUUUAUACAUUUUAUAAUGCUUAUUUCUGUCCUGAACAUACAUGUUGUAUGGUAUACUGAUUCUCUAUAAAAUCUGCCGCUUUUUGAACAUAAUCCACAGAAUGCUUAUGUUCACUCUCUAGUUUCCAAAACACUCUGAGAAAUACUGUGAGAAAUAAAUGUAUUAAAACAUACUUUUGUAUACUGACAAUUUAUAUAUUGAAAAUAAAAUGAACAAAAACCA